CCUUAACUUGGUUCAAUAGCAGUGACAGUGCGGUGGUGGUUUGAGAACAGAACAGUUUCCCGACUUCGAUUAAGAUCAUCUAGGAAACUAGUGCUUCUAUUUUAGACAUUUUUUACAUCGAUCCAUAGAAGCCACUGAAUUGUUUUUAAUAAAUGCAUUUAAAAAGUGUUUUCCUUGAUCAUCUGAUAGAAAACAGUUAGCCUAGGUCGGAGGAUAGCAGUGCUACAGUUCGAAACGUGCGUCAUUCUCUGCUUCUUAUUCCAAUCCAAUCUCCAAACAGCAAGAACUCUUCGGAAGGAAAACGUUAAACUCGGAAACCAUCAAAGGAAGACCUAAACUGCAGGUGACUCGCGGAAAAAAGAUGACGGCAAUGAGAUUGAUUUCCUGGCUUUUGCUGCUGGUGUUUAUGCAGUCCGGAGUUUUUGCCGCAAGAAGAUUCCGAGGUGGUCGCAACCCGCAACCACGACGGACACCGCCUUCUCCCACAUACCGGGACCGGGGUGACACCACGGAGAGUUUCCCUUUGGAUUUCACCGCCGUCGAAGAUAACAUGGACAACUUCAUGACGCAGGUGAAGAACCUGGCGCAGUCCCUCUACCCGUGUUCGGCGCAGAAGCUCGACUAUGAUAUGAAGCUGCACUUUUUGGAAAAUACUUCAGUCACGUGCAACGAUGGAACUCCAGCAGGGUACUACAUGAAAGAGUCCAGGGGGAGCAGACGGUGGUUGAUAUUCUUGGAGGGCGGCUGGUACUGCUUCAACAAAGAGAACUGUGACAGCCGAUACGACACCAUGAGGAGACUGAUGAGCUCGUCCAAGUGGCCUCAAACCAAAACAGGCACAGGGAUUCUGUCUCCACUCCCAGAGGAAAACCCUCACUGGUGGAACGCCAACAUGGUGUUCAUCCCCUACUGCUCUAGUGAUGUGUGGAGUGGUGCCUCAGCCAAGACGGACCACAGUGGCUACGCCUUCAUGGGGUCUCUGAUCAUUCAGGAGGUGGUGAAGGAUCUGCUGACCAAGGGGCUUGACAACGCCAAGGUUCUACUAUUGGCUGGCAGCAGUGCGGGGGGGACGGGGGUCCUGCUAAACGUGGACCCUGUGGCUGAACUGCUGGAGGGGCUGGGGCACCCUGGGAUCCAGGUGAGGGGUCUGGCUGACUCGGGCUGGUUCCUGGACAACAAGCAGUACCGAUCUACUGACUGUCACGACACCAUCAGCUGUGCCCCCACGGAGGCCAUCAAGAGAGGCAUCAAGUACUGGGGCAGCGUGGUGCCAGAGAGGUGUAGACAGGUCCACCUGGGGGAGGAGUGGAACUGUUUCUUUGGCUAUAGAGUGUUCCCCUCCAUAAAGAGCCCAGUGUUCGUGGUCCAGUGGUUGUUUGACGAGGCCCAGCUGACCGUCGACAACAUCCAUCUGACCGGUCAGCCCGUCCAGGAAGGGCAGUGGCGGUACAUCCAGAACCUAGGCAUCGAGCUGAGGAACACGCUCAAAGAUGUCCCGGCCAUGUUUGCUCCAGCUUGCCUCUCACAUGAAGUCAUCACAAGGAAUUACUGGAUCGACGUUCAGGUCAAAGGCACCUCCCUUCCCCGAGCCCUGCACUGCUGGGACCGCAGUCUCCAAGACAACAGCCGGAGCAACAAGGCCCCUCCCAAGGGCUGCCCUGUCCAUUUGAUUGACAGCUGCCCCUGGCCACACUGCAACCCCACCUGCCCCACCAUCAGGGAUCAGUUCACGGGCCAGGAGAUGAACGUGAUCCAGUUCCUCAUGCACAUGGGCUUUGACGUGCAGAAGAUGGCCCAGCAGCAGGGCAUGGACCCCAGCAAGCUACUGGGGAUGCUGAGCAGCGGGAGCUAAGGAGACAGGAGUAAAGUCUUAGUAAAGUAGACCAAACCAGGGGGCUAUGGGGCCAAAUCCUAACUUUGAGAUCCCAGAAAAUAUGCUUUAAAAAAAAUACUUGUUUUAAUCUCCCAUUGACAUCAAUGUUUGAUUUAAAGGGAUAGUUCACUUUU